GGAUCGUGACGUCACGAACGAUCCGCGUCCCGCCCCCUCGCUGUCCCGCCGUGCCCCGCGGCCGGAAGUGGCGACCGGAAGUGGCGCGGGGCGACGUGGAGCCGGCGGAGGAACCGGGGGAACCGAGCGGCAGCGCGAUGGUGACGGACGUGCAGCUCGCCAUCUUCGCCAACAUGCUGGGCGUGUCGCUGUUCCUGCUCGUCGUGCUGUACCACUACGUGGCCGUUAACAACCCCAAGCGCCAGGACUGACCGGGACCCGCCACCACCGGCUCCGGGCCGCACUGCACAGAUCCACACGGAGCAGCACCCCACCAUGGCAGCUGUGGAAUCCUACCCUCACCCUCACCUCCCCCCCACCACCGUGUCGGCUCCGACCGGGCUGUGACAGAAACAUGAUAUUAGUCAAAACC